AUGACAAAGGCAUACACCAAACCCAAGGAAAUGGCAGAGCUGGUGGGCACCCAGGGCUGGAUGGACGAUGCUCUGAGCUCCAAGGAUGAGCUGAAGGCAGAGAACGGCAGGCAAGGACCUUUCGGUUUGGCACCGGGCUUGAACGAAGAGCACGACAGCAUUGAGGAGGAAGAGGAGGAAGAGGAUGAUGGGGAGAAACCGAAGAGAAGAGGACCAAAGAAGAAGAAGAUGACCAAGGCCAGGUUGGAGAGGUUCAGGGCUCGGAGGGUGAAAGCCAACGCUCGGGAGCGCACACGGAUGCACGGACUGAACGAUGCCCUGGACAACCUGAGGAGGGUGAUGCCCUGUUACUCCAAAACCCAGAAGCUGUCCAAGAUCGAGACGUUGAGGUUGGCCAGGAAUUACAUCUGGGCUCUGUCCGAGGUGCUCGAAACGGGGCAGACUCCAGAAGGGAAGAGUUUCGUGGAAAUGCUUUGCAAAGGUUUAUCCCAGCCCACCAGCAACCUGGUGGCCGGCUGCCUGCAGCUGGGGCCGCAGACCUUAUUCCUGGAGAAGCACGAGGAGAAGACCCCCGGGUGCGAGUCGGCCAUUUCCAGCCACUCCUUCACCUACCAGUCCCCGGGGCUGCCCAGCCCGCCCUACGGCUCGAUGGAAACCCACCUGCUGCACCUAAAGCCCCCCGCCUUCAAGAGUUUGGUGGAUGCUUCUUUUGGCAACCCCCCCGACUGCACCACUCCCCCAUACGAGGGUCCCCUCACGCCGCCCCUGAGCAUCAGUGGGAACUUCUCCUUGAAGCAGGAUGGCUCUCCAGACCUGGAUAAGCCCUACGCCUUCAUGGCUCACUACCCUUCUGUCAGCCUGGCUGGGGCACAUGGACAUCCCACCCACUUCCAAAACGCAGUGCCCCGCUAUGAGAUCCCCAUAGACAUGAGCUAUGAGUCCUACCCUCACCACGUGGCCGGGCCUCAACUCAAUGCCAUCUUCAACGAGUAGUAAAGCAGGGUCAGAGCCAAACUUUUGGCACAGAGAUCGGCCACGUUGAGGAGCUCUUUUUUGAUGGGACGCAACUGGAGCGAGGAAAUCACUGCUCUGGGGCAGUGUGGUGGACUCCUGAGCAUCCCCAUGGGACGUCCCCAUGGCCCUCCUGUCCCCUCCCACUCGUGUCACCGUGCUGCUGUUCAGAGCCACCCCCAGGAGUCAUGCAAACCCUUCCUGAGAGCACUGCGGAGUCCCACACCUCCACUGAACAUCACAGCUUUCCGUGGGGGGAUGUGGGUUUAGAAGCAGAACCAGCUCUGAGGAGUGAUUGUAUCUGUGGGUCUGCUCCUUCAGAAGCUGAACCCAUUUGGGAUGGAGGAGCCUGGGGGUCGUAUCCCCACUCCCCAUCCCCCAGUGAUGCUCGUGGAGGAGCCUUUGCCCCACAGCGCUUCCCAACUUUGCUCCGUGGAAUCCUGCUCCACAUCUCUGGUUUACCACAUGGUCCCAACUUGGGGUGGUGGGGUGCUGUGUGUGAUGUGUCCUGCACCAGGUGGGCUCCAGCCCGUGUCCCUUCCCCACACCCCAUUGGUGCUGUGGUUCCCCAAUGGUCUCUCAAGACCACCUGCAGAAUCCAAUGGGAUUUUUCCUCCACGAUGCUCCCCACCCAACAGAGAACCCCACCAUCGUGAUCCAAGCCAGGCUCACACCAUCCUCAGCUCCAUCCCAACCUCAGGGAGCAACAGAGGUAGACGCAGACUCUUGGGGCAGAGAGAUCAGCCACAGUGUGGGGCUCUUUCUAUAAGAGAUGCAACCAGAGUGAUGGCACCACUUCUGUGGGACCGGGUGGGAAACUGCUGAGCAUCAUUUUAGGACUCCAUCCUCCCCUUGAGCAUCAUUUUAGGACUUCAUCCUCCUCCUGAGCCCCACUCCCCACUCGUGGUCCCUUGGUUGGGAUCGCGGGCGCACAGAUGUGAUGCCUUUAUGGGUGCCCAUACCUGGGCUGAGCCCCGACCCUGGCUGUACCUGAAGACAUCCAACCCAAAGAAGCGCAUCUUCU